GAAGACUCUAGGUUGGAGAAGCAGCAGCAGCAGCAGCACCAGCAGCAGCAGCAGCAGCAGCAACAGGCCCUCUCCAUCCAACAGCAGCUCCUCUACAACUUCAGCUGACGUAUUUCCAACUCUGCAUUUGCAGUUAUUCUACAGAUACAAAGGCUAGUUGUCCUGCAAGGAAUCACCCACCCUGAACUGUUUCCACCAUGACGGAUCAAGGUUCCACCGCAACCCCUUCUUCUGCUCCCCCUGUUCCCACCGGACCUCCUCCCAAGGUGACGAACCGUGGACGCACCACGGUUCCGAUCGACAGCUCCAACUCUGACACACCAGAGAUCCCCGAGUUCGAGUUCUUCGGUGUUCCAGGCCCCAGGGGAUAUCCACCUAUGACUGGGUACCUGGACAUCUGGGACGUAGACAUGAUUAAGAGGCCAGAUGAGAGCAACAAGAUGAGCCACCGCACCAUGCUGUUCAACUCGGACUAUCUCAUCGUUCGCAGAGGACAAGAGUUCCAGGUCAAGGUCACCUUUAAUCGUCCCUACAAACCCGCUGAAGACCAGUUUGCUCUGGAGUUUGUUAUCGGUUCCAGCCCUCAGUUCAGCAAGGGCACCUACAUUCCCGUUUUCCCCACAACGGACCGCCAGAGCACCUGGGGGGGCCGCAUCAUAAAUACUUCUGACAACAUGGUCACCAUGGGCAUCACCCCCUCCGCAAGCUGCAUUGUGGGGAAGUAUCACAUGUACGUCGCCGUGCUGACACCCCACGGCAUCCGCAGGACCAGACGAGACACCAGCCGAGACCUCUACAUCCUCUUCAAUCCCUGGGCGCGAGACGAUGCUGUGUUUCUGGAUAAUGAAGAAGAGAGGGAGGAGUGUGUGAUGACUGAGAUGGGGAUCAUCUAUCACGGCGCUUUCGACGACGUCUCUGAGAGAAACUGGAACUAUGGACAGUUCAACUAUGGAGUGCUGGAUGCAUGUUUGUACAUCAUGGACAGGGCUGAGAUGCCCAUCACCAACAGAGGAGACCCCAUUAAGGUGACCAGAAAGGCCUCUGCCAUGCUCAACUCUCGUGACGACGAUGGCGUGUUGGUGGGGAACUGGAGCGGUGACUACACCUACGGAGUGGCGCCCACUUCCUGGACUGGCAGCACAGACAUCCUGCUCAGCUAUGCUAGUAGCAAAAUGCCAGUCUGCUAUGCACAGUGCUGGGUCUAUGCUGCUGUCUUCAACUCCUUCCUACGCUGUCUGGGCAUCCCCUCCCGCGUCGUCACCAACUUCUACUCUGCUCAUGACAAUGACGGGAACCUGAGGACCGACAUAAUCUUGGAUGACAACGGCAGAAUCGACCGAAACCGCACCAAGGACUCUAUCUGGAACUACCACUGCUGGAAUGAGUGCUACAUGUCCAGACCAGAUCUCCCUCCUGGUUUUGGAGGCUGGCAGGUUGUGGACGCAACACCACAGGAGACUAGUGAUGGUAUGUACAGAUGCGGACCAGCGUCAGUCCAGGCCAUCAAACAUGGACAGAUUUGCUUCCCAUUUGAUGCUGCCUUUGUGUUUGCUGAGGUCAACAGCGAUGUGGUGUUUUAUUCCCGGAACAAAGAUGGCACCAUGGCACCAGUCAAGGUGAACAGGACUCACGUUGGCCGCAUGGUUUUGACCAAAACUCCAGGAGACUUCACCCGCCGCGACAUCACCGAACAGUACAAGUUUGCUGAAGGCAGCACAGAGGAGCGAACCGUUCUGGAAAAGGCAGAAGAGUACGGCUGUAAACGAGAGAAGUCUAGCCCGCCUCUGUCUGACGUGGACCUGACCCUGCCCACUCUGGAGGUUGCCGUCGGUGACGACUUUGAGAUGAACCUGGAGUUUGUGAACCACAGCGACCAGCGGCGCACCAUCGACAUCUACAUCAGUGGGAGUGUGGUGUAUUACACUGGAGUCACCAGCGCUGAGUUCCUGUUCAGAGACCCCACAGUGACCAUUGGCCCCCAUAAAAGUGUCAAGGAGUUGGUGACGGUGGAGGCAAAGAACUACAUGAAACAUCUGGUGGAACAGGCCAACCUCAACUUUAUCGUUACUGGGAAAAUCAAAGAAACCGGCCAGAUUGUCUCCGCAAUGAAAGUUGUCACCCUGCACAAUCCCAAACUCGAUAUCAAGGUGUCGGGUCCAGGCAAAGUGAAUGAAGAGAUGAUGGUGACCGUGGAGUUUACAAACCCCUUCACCUUCAGUCUUGAUGGUGUGUACAUUCGAAUGGAAGGACCCGGGAUCAUGCCGCCCAAGUCCAAAUAUUACAGUCUGAUCACAGCAGGCUCCUCUCUGACCUGGUCUGAGUUUUUCACCCCUCAGAGGGCUGGCAGAUCCAGGAUGAUUGCGACUCUGGACUGUCCUGCUCUCAGGCAGGUCUACGGCCAGGUGUCCGUCGACAUCGAACUGUGAGGACCGCCGCGGGAUCGCUGACACUCAACAUUAUGCAGCAUAACGUCAGCCUAUAUACAGUAUAACCUAUAACACAGCUUCAGCAUUUAUACGCAACAAUGGUUAUAGUUUUAAAGCACCACAGAUGUAAUUGUAGUGAGACCGCUCAAAUUUUGUAGCUAAUCAAAAGGGAAAUGUGAUCAUUUUUUUAAGUAUUCUUAAUACAUAAAUAUGGUAAUAAAUAUUUUAAAUGCGCCUCUAUACAUUUUGGCCACUAGGGGUCAGAAUAAUCAAAGAAUCAAAGUUUCAUCUCUAACAUGAUAUCAUAAUAAUGUUGAUACAUAAUAUGAAAUGUAUUGCUUUAGCCAAAAUGAUUUCCCCAAAGAAAAAAAAAUGGAAACUGGAGAACAGUCAGAGUUAGUAUGCUGUGCGAAAGCCGAUCUAUUUUACUUAAAUCUUACACUGCAUGAUAGUAAUGUUUUUUAGUUUUUUACUUUUUUAUUAAUUUUUUAGCUUUAGCCAACUUUUAGUUUGCUUUAGAGGCCACAAGGAAACACAACUUCAGACAUGCAGAAAUGUCAGCUGAAUUUCAAAUGUGUGCGACCCGCAGAAGUUCCUAAUAAAAACCUAAACUCCCCAUAUGUAACUGAAUAAGCCACUUGAUUCAGUGGUAAAGGUCAACAAGUCCAGUAGCCUUUGUUUCAGCUUUGUUUGUUUUGUUUUUUUGUUUUUUUUGGAUACUUCUGUCCAAUGUGAGGGCUGUUAGCUAAUGUUACUAGCGUUAGCUGGGAAGACAGUGUGAUAUUGUCAUGCCUUGAUCUGCUGCUGGAACGGGAACUAUUUUGGUUUGGUUGUGCUUUUGAGGAAGUGUUCUUGCAGCAUUUUGACAUUCACUCACCAUGUGUUCCCCUUUGGAAACAUCAUCACAACUGGCAAAACACUCCUUUCAUACACUUACACCACAAAUAUCACAGUACAUAUUUUAAUUACACAUUUUAUUGCCAUCAAAUAUUACCAUUACAGAAAAAGCAUUGCAGGAGCCUCAACACCGCAAAUUUCUAUGUCUUUGCAACUGUUUUAAUUUUUUUUUUACUCAACUUUAUUAACUUUCUGUCAAUAAAUCAACAAGUAGACCAAAUAAAAGGCUAAGAACUGCA